AUAUAUAGUUUACGUGCCGUUCACGAUACUAGCAUAAGGGAGAUGACUGCUAUAGCUAGCCAUCGGGUCGCCUUCCUGUUUUAAGUUUACCUCUUGCAUUCUCUCUGACCUUUGGGACCAUUUAUAGCACUCAAGUUGUUGUUGUUGUUUCCUUAACAUGAAGAUUUUUGAGGGAUUUUUCCCUAGUUCAUCGACAUUGCCAGCGUCUUCCUUGUCAUUAAACACGCCGAGUUCGCUGGGUUAUGGUGAAUUCCAAGGUGGCAAGGUUAAUGGGGUACCGGGAUUGAUGGUAGAGAUGGAAGUUCCUGACAGCUUGAAUGUGCACGACAUUUCUCAGAACAAAAGCUUUCCUGAGAGCAACAGCUUGGCCGGGAAUGAAAGUGAAGUGAAAUCAGGUAAGAAAAAUGGGGACAAAAAGAUUAGAAAGCCCAGAUAUGCUUUUCAAACAAGAAGCCAAGUUGAUAUACUUGAUGAUGGCUAUAGAUGGAGAAAAUAUGGCCAGAAAGCUGUUAAGAAUAACAAAUUUCCAAGAAGUUACUAUCGAUGUACACACCAAGGAUGCAGCGUGAAGAAACAGGUUCAAAGGUUAACCAAGGAUGAAGGAGUCGUGGUGACAACUUACGAAGGCAUGCAUUCACAUCCGAUUCAGAAAUCUAAUGACAACUUUGAGCAUAUCUUGAGCCAGAUGCAAAUCUAUGCUACAUCUUUUUAAAAUCAACAAGUAGCAUAGACAUAUAUUGUUUUAUAUAUUCGUAAAAUACUCGUAAAUUAAUGUAGAAUAAUAUUAUUUCUUGAAUUAGAACAAUUAAUUCUAAAUAAAAUGAUCAUUUCGCAUGCAUGAUUGUAAAACUGUUGGUUUUUUUAUCAUCUCAAUAUUCAUAGUGAUCAUUGAUAGAUGAGAAAAUUCAUAUUGUAAUUGGGAAGGACGGUAUAGUAAGUAAUUAGAAUAUAUGUUGUACUGAAUUUACAAUUAAAAAUAUUUAUUUA